AGAACGUUACAUCAAUUUGGUAUCACCAUUACAAAAACAUUUUCCUGUGCGGUAGAAACAGCACCGGUCUUGAUCAGCUUCUCAAAGAAGAGUUGGGCUGGAGAAAAACAAAGGCAGGAGGUCACCACUGGACGGGGCCCGACGUCUCCCCACGAGCUGACGGUGAGCGAGGCAGGGCGGGCAGCGCUCGGUGCUGCAGUGCCGGGAGGAGGCUGCGGGCGCCGCUGUUGACCGAGAGGAGCGAGAGGAAGCUCGGAGCGCUGCAGCCCCGCCCGCUGCGGACAGGAUCUCUCGCCCGCUCCGUCUCUGUCUCGGCGAACGCCGGGUUGGGAUCGUACUUGCGGUGAGGAUCGGUGCCGAGGAGACAUCGGCAGCGGCUGGGAGCGGUGAGAGGGAGAAGAAAUUACAGCAGAAGCGGAAGCCAGAGCGGAUUGCAGAUCGGCUGUCGGAGAGACGGACGAACUGCCCGCCGUGUUGCGGUGCCGCGGAGAUGAGCGCGGCGGGGAGGCGCUGGGGCCUGCGGCAGCGAGCUCUGCUCUGGGUGAUGCUGCUGGCGGCGUGGGAGGCGGCGUGGGGGCAGCUGCGCUACUCGGUGCCCGAGGAGAUGCCCAAGGGCUCGUUCGUGGGCGACGUGGCCAAGGACCUGGGGUUGCAGCUGCCGGAGUUUCAAGACCGCGGUGCCCGCAUUGUCUCUGAAGGUAGGACGCAGUAUUUCGCUCUGCACGGGAAAACGGGACAUUUAGUGACGGCGGAGAGAAUCGACAGAGAGCAGCUGUGCGAGCUUGUUCAGCAAUGCGUGCUGCGCUGUGAGCUGAUAGUGGAGGGGGAAAUGAAGUUUUAUGAAAUCGAAGUGGAGAUCACUGACAUUAACGACAACGCCCCGAGCUUCGAAGAAAAUGAGCUGCAGGAGAAAAUAAGCGAAAUGACAGCCCCGGGGUCGCGGUUUCCCCUUGCUGAAGCUCACGACCCGGACUCGGGAUUGAAUUCCCUGCAGAGCUACGAGCUGAGCGGCGACGAGCACUUCUCGCUGGCCGUGCAGUCGGGCCCCGGCGGCGAUCAGCGUCCCGAGCUGGUGCUGGCGAAGGCGCUGGACCGGGAGGAGGCGGCGUUUCACGAGCUGGUGCUGAGGGCGAUGGACGGCGGCGAUCCGGCACGGACGGGCACGGCUCGGAUCCGAGUGACGGUGCUGGAUGCGAACGACAACGCGCCGGUGUUCAGCCAGGCGGAGUACACGGUGCGUGUGCCCGAGGACGUGCCUGUGGGCUCAACACUCGUCACUGUAACCGCGGCGGACUCCGACGAGGGGGUGAACGGGCACGUGGAAUACUCGUUAAAAAAAAUAAAAGAUAGAGCGUCGAAGAUAUUCCACCUGGACUCUGAGAGUGGAGAGAUCACUCUGUUGCAAAGCCUGGACUUCGAGGAAGGCGACUCAUACCAAUUGGAGGUACAGGGAAGAGACGGUGGAGGCCUUUCCGACACUACAAAAAUCGCGAUCACCGUCACAGAUAUAAAUGAUAACGCGCCGCUAAUUUCCGUGCGGUCAGCGCUGAGUGAGAUUUCUGAGGACGCCCCAACGGGGACAGUGGUGGCCCUACUGCACGUGCAGGACCGGGACUAUGGGGCUAACGGCGCGGUGCGUUGCUCGCUCGACGGGGAUGUCCCGUUCCGGCUGCAGAGCUCCCACGGCAGCUACUACAGCGUGGUGACAGCGAGAGAGCUGGACCGAGAGCAGGUGUCGGAGUACAACGUGACGGUGCGGGCGGCCGACGGCGGGUCGCCGGCGCUGCAGAGCAGCGCGGUGCUGGCGCUGCGGGUGCUGGACGUGAACGACAACGCGCCGGUGUUCGCGGAGGAGCGCUACAGCGCGCGGCUGGCGGAGAACAACGCGGCGGGCGCGCUGGUGCUGACGGUGCGCGCGACGGACGCGGACUGGGGGCAGAACGCGCGCGUGCGCUACCGGCUGUCGGAGGGGCGGGUGCGGGGCGCGCCGCUGUCGUCGUACGUGUCGGUGCAGGCGGAGACGGGCGCGCUGUACGCGCUGCGCUCCUUGGACUACGAGCAGGUGCGCGAGCUGCGGCUGUGGGUGCGUGCGGAGGACGGCGGCGCGCCGGCGCUGAGCAGCAACGUGUCGGUGGUGCUGCAGAUCGUGGACGAGAACGACAACGCGCCGCAGGUGCUGUACCCGCCGGCGGGCGCGCUGCGGGCGGGCUCGGGCUCGGGCGGUGCGUGGUCGGGCGUGGAGCUGGCGCCGCGCUGGUCGGAGGCGGGCGCGCUGGUGGCCAAGGUGGUGGCGGUGGACGCGGACGCGGGCCAGAACGCGUGGCUGUCGUACGAGCUGGCCAAGGCGACGGAGCCGGGGCUGUUCCGCGUGGGGCUGCACAGCGGUGAGGUGCGCACGGCGCGCUCGCCGCUGGCCCGCGACGCGGCGCGCCAGAGCCUGGUGGUGGUGGUGAAGGACCACGGGCGGCCGGCGCUGUCGGCCACGGCCACGCUGAGCGUGGUGCUGGCCGAGAGCGUGGCCGAGCUGCUGGCCGAGCUGGGCAGCGCGGCCGACGAGGCGGCGGCAGAGCCGGGCGAGCCGGCCGUGAGCCUGACGCGCUGGCUCGUGCUGGCCGUGGCCGCCGUGUCCUGCCUCUUCGUCGCCUUCCUGCUGCUGCUGCUGGCGCUGCGCCUGCGCCGCUGGCGCCGCCAGCAGCUGCUGCCGCCCGCCAGCGGCGCCUUGCGCGGCGUGCCCGUGUCGCACUUCGUGGGCAUCGACGGCGUGCGCGCCUUCCUGCAGUCCUACUCGCACGACGUGUCGCUCACGGCCGACUCGCGCAAGAGCCAGCUGCGCUUCUCGGCCGGCGGCAGCUGCUGCGACACCCUCCCGGUCCGGCCUCCCGAUGAGGCUUCGGGUGAUCUUGUCCCUUCAGGAGACCAAGCUGCCGAAAGCUGUGGGCAAGUUGUCUUUCAGGUACGUUAAUAUUUAAACUUUGUUUAGUGGAUGCGGUGUUUAGGGUUCUCAAGGUAGCCGCAGAUGGUUCACAGUUUUGCAAACUGGGUUUUUAGGUAGUCACCCACUCAUGAAUGUCAUCUCCUGCUUAUGUGCUGAGUCUGCCUUGCGUUUUUUGUAUGUGCCAUGUUCUCUUCCUUUUGCCAGAGCUCUUUAUCUAGCUUUCCACAAGUCUGGAAGGUUCUGUUGCAUGUGCAACUUCACAAAGAAAUCUCAUUCUCCUUAUAUUCUCCUGUUCUUUGAAAUUGUUUAAAUACUUGCUAGUACCCGGUUUCCAGCAUUUCAUUAUAAUUCCUUAUAUCAGCUCUUAAAUUCUGGUUAAAUUUUGGGAUCUUGUCGCUUUAAUUUCCAGAUUUCUUCCAUAUCCACCUUCAACAAACUAAUUACUCGAUCCCUCUUAAGGGUAUUUGAAGAGAUUCGUUUUAAAUGCUAAAGUAUUCCUUUGAUUGAGUUUUUUUCUCACUGUUUGGUUUCGUGGCUUAACCUUUGGAUUAAAUACAAAUGUAGUUGUCAAUUACUGUGCAGGCACAAUCAUUGAAAUAAAGGAUAAGUACAAGAAUAUAGAUGCAAAAAUACUUAAAUGCGAAGUACAAUUCAUCAAUACCUAUUUAUAAUGUAGCUAGUAUUGGAAUGCGAGUUAAUCUUGAAAACAUAUAUUUGGACAGUCUUUUGGUGUGUGUCUGGGUCGUUGCAGGCAAUUCUCGCCAUAUAGGACGCAGUGAAUUGACCAUGACAUAUUUCAAAAAAAUUCCCCUGUCCCCAUGUAAACAAC